AUGUCGUCUUCCGGUUUCGACACAGGUCAAGGAUCCUACGACAAGGUGGCAGGCACCAAAGGCGGCGAGGGCCUUAACGUUGAUGCCGAGACCGCAGGCCGUACGAGCGGACCAGGAGAAGGAGUCGACGCCGGUGCUGGAGCCAGAGACCACAUUCCUGGCCAGGGUCUCGACGGCGGAGCGGGUGGCGAAGAUGUCGAGGCAGCCGCUGCUGGUACUGGCGAAGGCUUUGACGCUGGCGAGAGGGGAAGCAACCGCACCGGCGGAGGCGUCACUCUCAACGCGGGCAGGGAACACGAGUUCAACAGCGCCGACAGCGGCACGUUCUACGACGCAGAACGCUCGGUACAGAACUUUGCCGACAAGAUCAAGGACAAGAUCAAGUCCUGA